CCUCUCUGAUCGUCUGCUGCUUCUGUCAGAGCUCGAACUUCGGCUUCACCAGUGCCUCAGACACAAGCACCAUGGAGUCCCACGAGCAUAACCACUCUCUGGACUUCUACAACGGAACGCCCUGGUUCAUUUAUGAGUGCACCAUAGAACUGGACACAGACUACCGCCGGAUCGCCCUCUUCCUCCUCUAUCUCUUCAUUUUCAUUGCUGGCCUCUUGGAGAACCUGCUCGUGCUGUGGGUCAACUGGCGCAGACGUCACUCUGCUAACGGCGUGCUAUUCUGCCUGCUAAACGUUAGCAUGUCUGACAUGAUGGUUAUCUCCAUUCUACCUUUCUACAUACUGGAAAUUACUAUCAACCAUGUCUGGCUUUGGGGCCGAUUCCUCUGCAAAGUCACUAAUCUCAUCUACUCAGUCAAUUUAUACAGUAGCACGUUUUUCCUUGCGCUAAUGACGCUAGAACGUUACUUGACGCUAACCAAGCCAACAUUCCCUGCGCUGUUCCCAGUUACCGGACGACGCCGUUGGUGGCUUUGUGCUGUGGUCUGGUUGUUUUCCUUGUUCCUUGCACUCUUGGAGAACGUACACGUAGACCUCCUGGAAUGGGAUGAGCCGGGAUGCUACAUGUAUCCAGAACACAACUUUGCUGAGUGGUUUAUUAGUAUGACUAUAAUUUCUUUAAUUUUUCAGUUUUUCAUUCCCGGAGCGGUCAUCAUCACAUGUAACUAUCUCCUCGCCAAGGCAGUACGCAAUGCUCCUGAAGUCCAGGAAAAGAGAGACGUGUGGCUGGUGCACGUGUACUCUUUGGUUUUUGUCCUGUGUUGGUUCCCCUUUCAUCUGAUCUUGUUUUUACUGUUGAUCGAUGACAUAAACCCAUUCAUCUUCAGCUGUAACACUGUAGAAGUCAUGUACUUCAUGUACAGCAUCGUCCAGUGCUUUUCUCUAUUCCAUUGUGUGGCCAAUCCGAUCCUCUACAACUUUCUGAGCAAGAGUUUCCGCAGUAACCUCAUCACCAGAGUGGUGAGUUACAUCCCGAAAGACUGGAAUAUGGAAGCGCAGGUGGGAACUGCGCCAACGCAGCCCAACGGAGCAGGAGGUACGGAGGGAGGACGGAAGCAGCGCAAGAUCAGCGAUGCCAGCACCAGCCAGUCCGACGUGGCCUCAUAA